AGAACAACCUGACACAUCCUCCCUCCCUCCCUUCCUCUUCCUCUUCUUAUUCAACGGAUAAGGCAUUCCUCCUCCCACCUAAAACCGCAGAAGGCAAGAACAUGCCCUCUCUUUAAUUUUCCUCUCCCUUCCAUAUUAUUAUAUUUUUUCCUAUCAAAACAUGGGCUCUAAAAUUCUCCCUCAGGCACUUGCUGUUAUACCCAGGAGUCCUACUCAAUUUCCUGUCCCGAAGAAAUUAGGUUUUUCUUCAACAAUCAAUCGCAGCUCUUAUCUUUCCAACUCAGCUUCUUCUAGUAGAUUUUCAGUCUCUAGGGUUUCUUCAACCUCAUUAAGUUCGAAUCUUGAAGCAUUUUUUAAGGAAUUUGCGAGGAAUAGUUUUGUAACGAGAGCCGAGUCGGAGUCUGGAGGCGGAGAAGUUGUGGAAGAAACUGAGAAUGUUGAGGAAGAAGUAGUUGUAGAAGGGAGUGAGGAAGAGGAAGUUCAAGCUGAAGCUGAAGCUGAAGCUGAAGUUGAAGGAGCUGUGAAAGAACCCAGAAAGCCUCGAGUUAAGCUUGGAGAUAUAAUUGGGAUUUUGAAUAAGAGAGCCGUGGAGGCUUCGGAGAUGGAAAGGCCGAUUCCCGAUAUAAGGACAGGGGAUAUAGUGGAGAUCAAAUUGGAAGUUCCUGAAAAUAGGCGUAGACUGUCCAUUUACAAAGGCAUUGUCAUAUCUAAGCAGAAUGCUGGUAUCCACACAACUAUUAGAAUUCGGAGGAUUAUUGCUGGUAUAGGAGUUGAGAUCGUAUUCCCACUCUACUCGCCAAAUAUCAAGGAGAUAAAAGUAAUUAAGCACAGGAAGGUUAGGAGGGCAAGAUUGUAUUAUCUGAGGGACAAGCUUCCCAGACUCUCCACUUUUAAAUGAGAAAACAUGGAUACUGUCAUUCUCUGGUCCUUUUCUUCUCCAAAUGAGUACCAUGACUGCAGAGAAUUGUAAGAACUGAAUUUCUCUCACUUUGUGAAAAUUUGUGUAUCACAUUUGAUAUGCUAAAAUGAGACUACAAUGUUUCAGUUUUUGUACCAAUUAUUUCAGGCUAUAGCAUUUUCUGAUGCCCUCGCUGCAAUUUUGUCCUGCCAGGGCAUGGGAUUACAGAAUGUGCUUUGAUCUAUAUUUUUGCAUCCUUAAUUGGUAUGAUGAAUUUUAUUUUCAAA